GGCUAGCGGCUCUUCUUGGCACAACGGAAGUGACGUCACGACGUCAACAUGUAAGAUGGCGACGCAUCACAGGCAGAAUGCAGCGGGGCGCAGGAAAGUGCAGGUGUCAUAUGUGAUCAGAGACGAGGUGGAGAAAUAUAAUCGUAAUGGAGUCAAUGCACUACAGCUGGAUCCAGCACUUAACCGGCUCUUCACUGCUGGACGAGACUCUAUCAUCAGGAUAUGGAGCAUUAACCAGCACAAGCAGGAUCCGUACAUUGCAUCGAUGGAGCAUCACACAGACUGGGUCAAUGACAUCGUCCUCUGCUGCAACGGCAAAACAUUGAUCUCAGCAUCAUCAGACACUACGGUGAAGGUCUGGAACGCACACAAGGGCUUCUGCAUGUCAACACUGCGAACGCAUAAGGACUAUGUUAAAGCAUUGGCUUAUGCUAAAGACAAAGAGCUGGUGGCUUCUGCAGGACUGGAUAGACAGAUCUUUCUCUGGGAUGUGAACACACUGACCGCGCUGACCGCAUCCAAUAACACCGUUACUACGUCUUCUCUGAGCGGAAACAAGGACUCCAUCUACAGUCUGGCCAUGAAUCAGAUGGGGACGGUUAUAGUGUCAGGAUCCACUGAAAAGGUUCUGAGAGUGUGGGACCCGCGAACCUGUGCCAAAUUAAUGAAACUGAAAGGACACACGGACAACGUUAAAUCACUGUUACUCAACAGAGACGGGACUCAGUGUCUCUCGGGGAGCUCAGACGGGACGAUCCGGCUCUGGUCUCUGGGUCAGCAGCGGUGCAUCGCCACGUACCGCGUUCACGACGAGGGCGUUUGGGCACUGCAGGCCAACGAGGCCUUCACACACGUGUACUCCGGAGGCCGUGACCGUAAGAUAUACUGUACUGACCUGCGCAGUCCUGACAUCCGUGUGCUGAUCUGUGAGGAGAACGCUCCCGUGCUGAAGAUGGAGCUGGACAGGUCCGCUGAUCCGCAUUCGGCCAUCUGGGUUUCCACCACCAAGUCCACGGUUAAUAAGUGGUCUCUGAAGGGUAUCCAUAAUUUCCGAGCGUCUGGUGAUUAUGAUAAUGACUGCAGCGCUCCUCUGACGCCGCUGUGCACGCAGACAGAACAAGUGAUCAAAGGUGGCGCCAGUAUAAUUCAGUGCCACAUUCUGAACGACAAACGACACAUUCUGACCAAAGACACCAACAAUAACGUGGCGUACUGGGAUGUGCUGAAGGCCUGUAAAGUGGAAGACCUGGGCAAGACGGAGUUUGAUGAAGAGGUCAAGAAAAGGUUCAAGAUGGUUUAUGUGCCGAACUGGUUCUCGGUGGAUCUGAAGACAGGGAUGCUGACGAUAACGCUGGACGAGAGUGACUGCUUUGCAGCCUGGGUUUCUGCUAAAGACGCUGGCUUCACCAGCCCUGACGGAUCCGACCCCAAACUGAAUCUGGGAGGACUGCUGCUGCAGGCGCUGCUGGAGUAUUGGCCUCGCACUCACAUUAACCCCUCGGACGACGAGAGCGAACUCAAUCAUGGGAGCGUGAACGGUGAGCUCGAGAGCCGGAUACAGAAAGGAAACGGAUAUUUCCAGGUGCCUCCACACACUCCGGUGAUCUUCGGUGAAGCGGGAGGACGGACGUUGUUCAGGCUGCUGUGUCGAGACUCCGGUGGAGAAACCGAGUCCAUGUUACUGAACGAGACGGUCCCGCAGUGGGUCAUCGACAUCACCGUGGACAAAAACAUGCCCAAAUUCAACAAAAUCCCAUUCUACCUCCAGCCCCAUUCGUCCUCCGGAGCGAAGACGUUAAAGAAGGAUCGUCUGUCGGCCAGUGACAUGUUACAGGUGAGGAAGGUGAUGGAGCACGUGUAUGAAAAGAUCAUCAACCUGGACAGUGAGUCUCAGACGGGCGCUUCAUCCGCAGAGAAGCCCAGCGAGCAGAAGGAGGAGGAGGACAUGGCAGUGCUAGCGGAGGAGAAGAUCGAGCUGCUCUGUCAAGAUCAGGUUCUGGAUCCCAACAUGGAUCUGCGGACGGUGAAGCAUUUCAUCUGGAAGAGCGGUGGCGAUCUGACGCUCCAUUAUCGGCAGAAAUCCACGUGAGGUCCCGCCCCGUUUAAGGAAAAUCCAUUGGUUACCCUUCACAUUCAAAGCACACGCUCACCUGCACUUCCUGCCUCUGUCUGACAUCUACAUCACGCUCGGCUCACGCGUGAGUAAAUGGGAAGAAGGAACGCUGGAAAACACACCGAAGACGUGUUUUUGCCACCUUUAAUUAUAUUUUUCCUGGCAUGAAUUCUCUCUUGAUGGAUGCCGUUUUUUGAAUGUGUCAGAGUUGUUUUUAGUUUUCGUUUCUCCUCAUUUAACAUUCCAGUGAUGUGUUCGCUGCAAAUGACGUCAUGAAUCCGAGGAACGGCUUUAAAACAAUCGAGAAUCUUUAAGGAGCGCUGCGUAGAUGGACAGAAUGAAUGAGAAAACUCCAAGAACUCCCAUGAACUCCAUUUCCCAUGAUGCAUCUCUCUCACUAACCGUGCUGUGAUUAUCACUGCAUCCGUUUUGUACAUACAUUGUAAUUAUUUUAUAGCCAUUUACGUUUCUUUAAAAAAAAAAAAAAUCGACGGUCUCUCCAAAAAGGUGCUUUUUCGUGUAAAAAACGAUGAUAGAAGAGUAGAGAGCGUGAAUACUCGAAACAUUAUAAGCAGAGAUAGAAACAUAUAUGUGUGUGUGUUUUUUAAAGGAAUAUUUCACUCAAAAAAAAAAUACAAAAAUGCUGAAAUGUGUUCAUCCCAGAUCAGGGUGAGUUUGUUUCUUCAUC